UCGUGUGUCGAAUUACAGUCAGAGAAAUCCACUGUGUUCCUAUUUUCCUCCCUUCAUGACAGACAUUUGUUAUUGUCAAUAUACCCCCAUUUCCUGGUGGCAAUGGACAAAAAUGUACCCAAAUAGAGGGCUGCGCUCAAAAUAAUAAAUAUUAGAAUAAAAGAAGCGCUUUUAUUUUCCAUAUGACAAAAUGUCGGUGGCGUUUUCCUCGGCGCGCCCCAGGAGUAAAGGGGAGGUGACACAGCAAACAAUUCAAAAGAUGCUGGAUGAAAACAAUCAUUUAAUACAAUGCAUAAUGGAUUACCAAAGCAAAGGCAAGACAGCUGAAUGCACACAGUAUCAGCAGAUCCUGCACAGAAAUCUGGUUUAUUUGGCCACUAUAGCAGAUUCGAAUCAGAACAUGCAGACACUACUACCUGCACCUCCCGCUACCAAUAUGUCUUUGGUCUCUGGAGGGAUGGGCCAAAGUGUGGGACAUGCUCCAAGCAACCUCAAUGACAACAUGGCAUCGGGACAUCCCCCCACAUCAAUGAUGCAGAGUCAGAUGAGCAAUGGCCUCAGCCAUGCCCCCAUGCAGCAGUCGGCCAUUCCCUCCGCAUCCCUCAGCCAGCCAGCCAGCAGCUACGGUAGCUCGGCCCCGACCUCUGGUUACAGCCACUCUGCGCCCUCUUCCCAGGGCAGCAUUAUCCAGGGUCCUGGGUCUGGCUAUGGCUCUUCUUCCUCUUCUUCCUCCACACCCUCAGCCUCCUCUUCCUCCUCUCGCAGCAACCUCAACUUGCAGUCUAACCAAGUCUCCAUGAUGCAGCAACAGUCUGCCACUCCACACUACUCCUCAGCCCAGGCUGGGGGCCAACACUAUCAGGGACAGCAGGCCAUGGGUAUGAUGGGUCAGAGCAGUCAAGGAAACAGCAUGAUGUCUCAGAGACCAAUGGGAUCCUACCGUUCUUCACAGCAAGGACCUGCAUGGCAGUGCAUGGGACAAGAAGAGUUCUACGGAGAGCAGUAUGGACACACUCAGAGCUCCAGCAAGCCCAUAAACCGGCAAUAUUACCCUGAUGGUCAUGGGGAGUAUUCGUAUCAACAGUCUUCCUAUGGGGAGCAAGGCUACGACAGAUCCUUUGAUGAAUCUUCACAGCAUUACUAUGAAGGAGGAAACUCUCAAUACAGUCAACAGCAGGCUCAGUAUCAGCAGCCGUACAGCCAGCAGCAGUACUCCUCUCAACAAGGCUACAGCGGACAGCCACAGGGAUACGGUCCUGGCCAAGGUGGAUCCUCGCAGUAUUCUCAGUAUCAGCAGGGUCAAAGCCAACAGUACAGCUCCUACCGCUCCUCCCAGGGAGGCCCUGGAGCCCAGACACAGAGGCCCUAUACCUACGAACAGGGUCAGUAUGGAAAUUAUCAGCAAUGAGGUUCCACCUUGUUUUUCUCUUAAAAGAGAGUGAAAAAAUAAACGGUUCUACAGGGUGUCGCUUGCUCAGCCGGAUCAGUAGAUCUGGCUGCAUCCGAUUAAUUAUUCCCUCAUUAAUCAUCUUUCUAGCCAAGAAUACAAACUCUAGUCAAAUGUGAUGCUUUCUUCAUCUGUUUUGCUCCCUACAGUGGUCAUAAAAACAAGGUAGUCCAUUUGAACCUUUUAUAUGGAUUAAAUAGGGUACUAAAAGUAGCAGUAAGGAAAUUCGACGAGCUGCAGCCAAUCGCCUGUAUAAUUCUAUUAUUUUGCUGUCUAUGCCUUUCACGUGUCUUUUAAUGUUUAUUGUAUUUAACAAGCCUCUUCUUAUUGAUUAGUUUGGUGCACAAAGCAGGCUUGUGAGACUGUGGUAACAAAAAAAAAACUGAUUAGCCUUGAAUGAAUUGUUCGUUGAUAUUUAUCUUAAAGAUUAAGUGCAGCUCUUGCUUUAAUUCCUAGUUGAGACGCUGUUUUAUCUCCUGCUAAAGGAAAUACAUUUUAUGAAGGUGAAAACGUUGGUCCUUAAACCUGACUUGAUCAGGGAGUUUGUCUGUUAGUCCAACUGUGAUGUGUUGCUGUGUGGUCUAACAUUAUGUGUUUUCACUCUAUACUUAUGUCUUUCUGAGGUAUUCGACACAGUAGUUAGCCAACUGAUCCAGACCUAAAGGUGUGUAUAAGUAUCCAUAGUCAUACAGAUUUGUGGCAGUAGUUUUGGUAUUUAUUUUGGGUGGCAUUCCUCUAAACAGACUACAGUUAUUGUAUUGUAUUGCGGAGUUUAGAGUUAGUGUGAUGCCAAUCAUUAAUGAUUUUACAUAAAAACACAUUGCCACUUUGUCUGCACUUUAUUUUUGCAGUGACAGUGUAUGUAUUGUCAGUUGUUUUGUAUUGUUGUGCAAUUCAGGCUCUUUUUAACAAAUAAUCCUCAAAAAGCCAAAGUAACACAGGAACAGAAUGGUAACACAUCCUGCACCUCUACUUUAAAAAGUGCAAUACACUCAGACAGUUAGUCAUGUUGAGGUUGCUUUUUAUACUUUAAUACAUUAUUUGCAUUAUAUUUUGAAAAUCUUUGAUGUCAAAGGUCUGGUUUGUCUAAUGUUAUGUUGCAGGUUUCAACUCACAUGUCAUAUUUAAGAACAUUAUUUCCGUAAUCAUAUGACUUUUUGGACAGAUGUGAACUUUAUCACAAACAUAAAACUUACUACUUCAACAUACUUUUUCCAGUGAGCACUUUUAUUAAUAUAUUUUGUAUUAGAUGGAAAAACAAGUAACAGGGUUUUUAAGGUUCAUUGCAGUAUAUUCUGUAGUAACUCAACUUAUCUCAGAGGGGUAAAAUAACGUAAUAGUUGCAGAGUUAUUCAAGAAUGGGAGAAACCUGGCUGUCAAACAGCUAAAUAACUAUGUAGCUGCCACUCAACAGGGACAAUCACAGGCUUAUACUACAAUGAAUUUGUAUCAGUGUUUUUCAUUUGUAUGUGAACUGAACAUGUAUGGCAAGUCUUUUGUAGUUCAAUGUAAUGUGUAUGCACUGAUGUGGUUGAAUGUGCGGUACGCCUUUUUUGUGUGUGUGUGUGUGUGUGUGUGUGUGUGUGUGUGUGUGUGUGUGUGUGUGUGUGUGUGUGUGUGUGUGUGUGUGUGUUGUGUGUGUGUGUGUGUGUUGUGUGUGUGUGUGUGUGUGUGUGUGUGUGUGUGUGUGUGAGUGUGUGAGAGAGAGAGAGAGAGAGAGAAAGGAAAACGGUGAGAGCGAAGUUUGAUGCGCAUAAUCCAAAUAUGAAUGUUAUGUUCUUAUCUAUUGUAAGUCUGCAUUGCCUGAUCUUUUCUGCUGUCUUUUGUUACUGUUUGUUAUAUAAAAAUAAACUGACAUUCACCUUUU